UGUUGUGAUGGCCUUGAAGUUAGAAUUAUCCGUUCACCGGUUUGUAAACCAAUAAGAAACGAUUUGAUACAGGUUUUUGUCAUUAUUGUUAUCUUGGCGUUGAUUAAGACAUUCAAGAGUGAUUAGACGUUUUUACUUCGUGUUGGAUUCAGUGGAUUAGAUUAUAUUCAGCAGGUUUCUGGAUUGAAGAUCCAUUCUUUUAUUUGAUUAAAUUUCUGGGAAAGUUGGGGAUCAUGGUGACUGGAAGGGCUUUGCACUUCGUUUUUAAGAUUCCAGAUCGACGACUGACAGCUAAAUUUUAUCGAGAAAUAUUGGGCAUGAAAGUGUUGAGACACGAAGAGUUCAGUGAUGGAUGUGAAGCUGCUUGCAAUGGACCAUACGCUAAUCGUUGGAGUAAAACUAUGAUAGGAUAUGGACCCGAGGACACCCAUUUCGUCAUCGAAUUGACGUACAAUUAUGGCAUAAAGAACUACGAAACGGGAAAUGAUUUUCAAGGAAUUACGAUACGCUCCAAGGAUGUUAUAGAGCGAGCUAGGAAAAAUAAUUGGCCUAUGAGUGAGGAGAAUGGAAUUUCUGUGCUUCAGGCACCUGGAGGGUAUAAAUACUUCAUCAUAAAUGAGCCCCAAGUUGCUGGCAAAGACCCAGUGGAGAAGGUCUCACUAUCAACUUCAAAUCUCGAAAAGAGUAUUUCUUAUUGGCGAGAUAUUCUCAAUUUGAAAGUUUAUGAUCAAAAGGACAAGACGGUCCUUCUGGGAUUCGCCGACGACCAGGCGAAACUGGAGUUCAAAGAUAUUGGGGUCUCAGUAGAUCAUGCAAAAGCCUAUGGAAGAAUAGCCUUUGCAGUUCCACAUGCAGAACAGCCAGAAAUCCAGAAAAAAAUAAAAGAUUCUGGCCAUAAAAUUCUAACGGAUCUGAUAACUUUGGAAACACCUGGAAAGGCAUCAGUUCGGGUGAUAAUUUUAGCGGAUCCGGAUGGCCAUGAGAUCUGCUUUGUCGAUGAGGAAGGAUUCCGUCAGUUGUCUGUACCCGACUAUCCCAGCGAAAAAAUUCUUGAUAGAUUCAUCGAAAAAGAUCCAACUAAUUAAAACAGUGGAACUAGGUCCAUUCGUUUUAUUCGUGGAAAGUAAAUUACAACUUAUUUUCAUUUUCGAGAAAAGAAUGAAGUUAAAAAUUCAAGAAACAUCUUGAAAAAUUUACAAUCAUAAGUGAGAUAUUCAUUUUAAAUCUAUAAAUUUUUGUUUAUUUUAUAAUGUUGUAAUGAAUAAUUGAUGUUUUGAAUAGAAAACUUCAAAUCGAAAUAGUAUUGACACUUUUCACAAACAAAAUGUCGAAGGCCUGGAUUUUGUACUGUUUUAUAAACUAUCGCAUAUCUCAAGUAGAAUUGUUUAACUACCGGAUGUGAAUAAUCUUGCGAGAUAUAAAACGAAAAAUCUGUUAUUGCAAAUAAACACAAGACAAUAUAUUUUCAUUAUUAAUAAA